AUGAAUCUUUAGUUUGGACUUACAGUUCAACCUUAUCAGAUGGUUCUAGCUUGCCACCUUGGUUAUAAUUUACCUAGUAAACAGCAGGAAAUGGAUUAAUCCUUUACCAUACACACCUCCAACUACAAUUACAAGCACAACAUCUACAACCUCAACCACAACUACUUCAACAACUACAACAACAAGUACCAUUACUACUACAUCAACUUCUACUACAACAACGUCAACAACACCAUCUCCUAUAACAAGUACAACAACCACAACCACAACCACAACAUCAACUACACCUUCCCCUAUAACAAGUACAACAACCACAACAUCAACUACACCUUCGCCUACAACAACCACAACCACAUCAUCAACUACACCUUCCCCUAUAACAAGUACAACAACUUCAACUAUAACUUUAAGCUCAGCAACUAGUAUAAUUACCACACUAACAGCUAUACCUACUGCAGGAUCUACACAGAAUUAAGUACCAUUUUUUGA